AUGCUGCCAAGAGGUAGAGGACGUGGAAGGGGUGUUCCACUCAACCCACCUGCCACCAUCGAACAGCUAGCAGUCCAGACGCAGCUUAUGGAAGCCCUGGUGAACAACCAACAGAAUCAUCCAAUCGGAGGGGCACCUCCACGUGAUAAGCGGGGUGAAUUUUUGAAAGGUCAUCCCCCUGUGUUCACACAUGCCACUGAUCCACUGGAGGCAGAUGACUGGCUUCGUGCAGUGGAGAAGCAACUCAACAUAGCACAGUGUGAUGAUAGGCAGAAGGUGUUGUUCGCAUCUGGACAACUUCAGGGAGAAGCUCAGACAUGGUGGGAGUCGUUUGAGUAUGGACGACCUCCCAAUGCACCUGUUAUCACAUGGCUGGAGUUCAAGGAGAACUUUGGGUCUUACCACAUACCAGAAGGGUUAAUAGAACUGAAGGCAGAGGAGUUCCGAAAUUUGAAGCAGGGAUCUAUGACAGUUCCAGAGUACCGGGACAAGUUUGCUCAGUUGUCGCGCUAUGCUCCCAGUGAGGUGGCUAAUGAUGCUGAUAAACAGCGCCUCUUUUUGAAGGGAUUGUAUGAUGGGCUCUAA